AUCUCCCAGUGUUUUUGAGAGCGCAUUCUCUGCGGAAAUUUGUAAAGAAUCGUGAAAAUGGGUGAAAAUGAGCGCUAUCUGCAAGAUAUUCAGAGGGAGUAUUUGGACUUCCUGGAUGAUGAGGAGGAUCAAUCGAUCUACUCAACUCACAUCAAAACCAUGGUUUCGGAUAAUUCCCGGCGUCUGAUCGUCAAUAUCAAUGAUCUGAGGAGAAAGAAUCCCACCAGGGCGGCUAGUCUUCUCAGCAAUGCCUUCGAGGAGCAGCUGGCCUUCAGCCGGGCACUAAAAGAUGUGGUUAUGUCCACUCAAUCGCGAUACACGAAAGGCGAUGAGGACUUCUUUGUGGGAUUCGAGGGCAGUUUUGGGAAUCGACACGUCACUCCCAGAUCCCUGACGUGCCAGUUCUUGGGAAAUUUGGUGUGCGUGGAGGGAAUUGCCACGAAAGUCUCUCUCGUGCGUCCCAAAGUCGUUCGGAGUGUUCACUACUGUGCCGUCACGAAGAAGGUCAUGGAGAGGAAGUACACAGACUUCACCUCUUUCGAAGCCAUUCCGAGUUCUGCUGUCUAUCCCACCAAGGAUGAAGAUGGAAAUCUCCUGGAGACAGAAUACGGAUUGUCGGUCUACAAGGAUCAUCAGACGAUGACGCUUCAGGAGAUGCCAGAGAAAGCUCCAGCAGGACAAUUGCCACGAUCUGUUGAUGUGAUCUGCGAUGAUGACCUCGUGGAUCGCGUGAAGCCUGGAGAUCGCGUCCAGAUUGUGGGCAACUAUCGAUGUUUACCUGGAAAGCAGGGUGGAUACACAUCCGGCACUUUCCGCACUGUCCUGAUCGCCAACAACAUCUCUCAGCUGAAUAAGGAGAACAGUCUGGCUAUCUCUCGCGAAGAGAUCACUCUGUGCAAGAAACUGGCCAAGAACAAUGAUAUUUUUGAGCUGUUGGCAAAGAGUCUCGCUCCAUCAAUUUAUGGCCAUGAGUAUGUAAAGAAGGCUAUACUGUGCCUCCUUCUGGGAGGAAUUGAGAAGAAUCUGUCCAACGGAACACGCCUUCGAGGUGACAUUAAUGUUCUCCUGAUCGGAGAUCCCAGCGUGGCCAAAUCUCAACUGCUGCGAUACGUUCUCCAAACGGCGCCCAGGGCGAUUCCCACAACAGGAAGAGGCUCCACCGGUGUGGGUCUCACAGCCGCCGUGACAACGGAUCAGGAGACUGGUGAUAAGCGCUUGGAAGCGGGCGCCAUGGUUCUGGCGGACCGCGGAGUCGUGUGCAUUGAUGAGUUCGACAAGAUGAGCGAUCUGGACAGAAUUGCCAUCCACGAAGUGAUGGAACAGGGAAAAGUGACCAUCUCAAAGGCGGGAAUUCACGCCUCACUCAACGCCAGAUGCUCAGUAUUGGCAGCUGCUAAUCCAGUCUAUGGAAAGUAUGAUCAGUACAAGACUCCCAUGGAGAACAUUGGGCUGCAGGACUCUCUUCUGUCGCGUUUCGAUCUGCUGUUCGUGAUGCUGGACGUGGUGGACACGGACACUGACCAAAUGAUUUCUGACCACGUCGUGCGGAUGCACAGAUACAGAAAAGCCGGCGAACAGGAUGGAGAAGUCCUUCCCAUGGGCGGCAGCUAUGUGGACAUGCUGACUACGUUUAACGCGCGCAAGGAGGAUUCCAAGGAGACACCGAUGUAUGAGAAGUACGACGCUCUCCUCCACGGUAGCUCCAGGAGAGCCUCAGACAAGAUCCUCACUGUGGACUUCAUGAGGAAGUACAUCAACAUCGCAAAGUGUCUGAAGCCGAAACUCACUGAGCAAGCUUGCGAGGUGAUCUCCAAUGAGUAUUCUCGUCUGCGAUCCCAAGAUCUUUCGGACUCCGACAUGGCCAGAACUCAGCCAGUAACUGCUCGAACGCUGGAGACGCUCAUCCGUCUGGCCACUGCGCACGCAAAGGCGCGAAUGUCGAAAUCUGUGGCUGUUCAGGACGCCAAUGCGGCGAUAGAACUUGUGCAGUUUGCCUACUUCAAGAAAGUGCUGGAGAAGGAGAAGAAAAAGCGCCGUCACGACUCAGAUUCAUCAGGAGGCGAAGAGGGAUCUGAUGCCGAGAGUGCUUCGCAGCCCACUCAAAGCACUCAGAAUGGCAACAGGCGCUCCAAGAGGACGCGUCUCGAUCCUCCGGUGGCCAGCACUGAAAAUGACGAGGAGGUGGAGCUCCCAGCACCGGAUAGAGGUGAUUUGACUGCGCGCGAGACUCGACAGACGGCAGAGGCAGAAUCCACAGAGGCCUCAGUGGUGCCGAUGGAUGACUCUGAGCCUUUGGAACCGAUCGACGACGAGAAGAUGAAUCUAUUCAAGGCGUCCCUGCACAAAACCUUCCGCGAGGGACGCAUUCAGUGCAUCAGUUUGGUGAAGUUCAAGGAGAUCCUCGAAAAGGAGUGCACAGUUUCCUUCUCAUCCGGAGAAGUGAUGUUCGCCAUCAACCAGAUGACGGAAGACAACCAAAUCAUGCUGGCCGAUGGAAUGAUUUUCCUUAUUUAGCGACAUGAUU